UCAUACUGGACAUACCGCUCUUUGACGGCAGCCACUCAGACUUCCUCUAGCAUCAUCUCCUCAUCUCUUGGAUCUGCAGCUGAUGCUUCCUCUUCUCUUACCAUGUCAGAAAAUUUCCAACAUCCAUCCUUACUUGGAACUCCAAACUCCCUGCAGCUCUCUCUUCCUGUGGUGAGCGAUGCAGCUUCCCUAACAGGAAGUGUCUGCAAUUUCUCCAGAGUAUCUUCUCCAGCCAUCAGUUCGGCAUGGCUACUGCCGUCAGCCUCGGGCACCUCUUCCCAGCCACUCAUGGGGAGUGCCUACCUUUACCAACAUUCUAGCACAACCACGGUGUCUGGAGUGACUGGCCAGAGCCAGAGCUCCACCUCAGCUGCUUCCUAUCCAGGUCUCUUUGAGUGGGGUGUCCCAGGAAGCACUGCACAGGAGUCAUCUUCGCUCAGAGACUGCACUCUGACUGUCAUUGGCCAGGACACAGUGGUUUCUUCCAUGUCUAUGGCAGCUCAAUGUGAAAGAACUUCAGGUGCCAAUAACCCGGUCCCACUGUAUCCAUCUCUUUCCACCAGCCUUGUUCAGGGAACACCAUCUCGGGUUCCAAAUCAGGGACACAGCCUGUCACUUCCCUACCAGGAAGGAAGCCAGGUGUACUACUGUGGUCACGGCACACUGGGGCCUCUGCUGUCUGGAGAACUUGGCCCCUGCCUGCAGUCCUACGGCUCUGUGUCCUACACAGGAGCCGGGGCCUCUGCUCCUCAACCAGAAAUGGUGUUGGUACUAAAGGAGAUUCAGCCCACACAUGUCCUUCCACCAGCCUCCACCUCUGGGGUCUACUACGCUGCGUCUGCUCCAGCCAUCCCACAAACCAGAUUUCAAGUGAUGGAAACUUCCCUGGGAAUGGAAACUUCCUUUGGACUGCAACCUGCAAGCCAGACAUUUUGUCUGCCACAAGCUCCAGAAUUCCUCAAGUCCUGUAGUCACAGAAAUAUCCAGAUAUUGCAGGGUAACCCACCGCCCGAGCGUGGGGAUAUUUCAGUGAUAGCUCCAGUGCAGACUUCGAACAUUAACCUCCUGGCACUGUCUCCAGCUCCAAAGAAUUUGGAUGAGUUUAACACCAACCUUUCAAAGCCUCUGGAUCCUGACCAGAUCCCAACAGAAAAUGAAGAGCCUCUACUAUACCCUUUAGAAAUUCCUGAUAUCCAUCACCUCCUGGCCUGCAUCGAUCCCCUUGGACAAGAGGACCAGCCUCGUUCUGAAAAUGCUGAUCUGGGAAAGAGUAGCCUGAGUCUUGAGGGCCAAGGGACACUGGAAAAUGGGACUGAGGCUAGCGGUGGCUUUGAAGACAUUGCUACUCUGGUGAAGGACCUUCCCCAACUCUUCAAUUCCUUGAAAGAUCUUGAUGAAUCUGAAGGCCCCGAGGUGAUCCAAGCCAAAAAUACCAGAGCCAUCGAGUCGAUCCAGCUGCAGGAAAAGUCAAAUGUCAGAAAGGAUGCCUCCGAUAACGCCAGGAAGAACAAACAUCAGGCCUCUGAGCCUAUCAAUGGUGCUCCCAAGGCCAAAAUCCAGCCAAAGGACCCGGAGUGCCUGUCAGGGAGAGAAGUGCUUAUUUGCAAUGCUGCAGCCAGUGACAGGGCUCCCGUGAACGAGGCUGAGCACUCCAACAGCAAACCUCAGAAAGCUGCACCCAGCAGGAUCAGUACAACUAAGAGCCAUGGGCAGGAAAGGACCAAGAGGACCAGAGGAAACAACCCCAAGAAAGCCGGAGAGAGUCAGCAGUCAGGGAUUGAAGUCAAGGGGGAAGAGAAGCCAACCAUGCUGAAGAUGAAGCAGGAGAAGAAUCAACCUGAGCUGAGCCAACAGACCUUUAAGAAGCCUCAAAGCUGCGUAGGCCAGCACAUGCUGGAGUCGGUGCAGGUGUUUCAUGCUCUGGGGAGGAAGAGUGAGAAGAACACCGGGCUCUCUUCCUCCAGGGCCCUGGGAACCUCCAGCAAUCCCAAACACCCCCAGCCCUGCCCAGCUAUCAAACCGUGGCUGGAUAUCCCACUUGAGGGUCAAGGUCCCGAGGAAACUCAAGUCAAAACCCAGAAACCAGAGAGCAGUGCUAAAAAAGAGUGUCCACCUCCAUCCCAGAAUGACUUGCCACCUCCUGGGAAGGUCAGGUUGGUACCUUUGCCUUUUCUGUCCGUGGACAAGCCUCCAGCUCGACCUGUUCCUCGGAGGCCACAGGCUCUGGCCUCACAUCGGCCUGCUGUGGCAGACCCUGCCCGGCCUGCUUCCACCAACUCAGCUCAACCAACUGCAGUCAAUUCCACCCACCCAGCUCCUGCAUCUUUGACAGGUCCUGCCAGACCAGCUCGGCCAAUUACCACCAACCCCACUCGACCAGGUUGGACCAACCCCACCCGGCCUAGCGUCCCUCAGUGUCCUGCUUCAAGGCCUGCACCUUACACAACAGCAUCUUGCACUUCUCUCCAGCAGAAGCUCAUUCCCACUGCUGUGCCCAUGCUCCAGGCCCCGCCCAAGCCUCCCGCCCAGUAUCUACUGGAGGAUUUCAGCAAGCAACCAAUUCCAUGGAGGAAACCCGACAUUCCAGGGCCAGUGAUGUCAGAGCCCAUCACACAGGAACAGAGGCCAGAGCGGGAGGCCAUGAAGAGGCAGGCUCAACAGGAGCGUGAGAAGGCUGCCAAGUACACCUCUCGGGGGAAAGUGCAGUUUUUCACUGAGAGGGAAAAAGAAAUGGAAAUUUCUCGAUACUACGGCUACGCGAUAUAAGGCUGCUAGGAUUGUUGCUGCCACAUUGGGGACCAACGUUUUAUCCAAAUAGAGAUAGAUAUACAUUUCUCUAUUUAUUCUGAUAUCUUUUAAAACAAUAUAACUGAAUAAAUACAUCCACUAUAAUUAAUAGAGGACUAAUAAAGUUUGGAGAUGCUGUUAACUGUGGCUUUUCUUUGGUGGAGGUGGGAUCAAAGCUGCACCAAAGAAAGAACUGAGAGUUGGACGGGAUAACAUGGGCAAAGGGACAUGAACUGAAAACGAAGAAGGAACUUGGUCCAGGGCUGGGAAGGACAGAGGGGGAGAUAUUUUAGGGGUGUAUGAAAAGCAGCAGGAGUCAGGAAAUGGCAGAAGUCAGAAGCAGGGCCAGAAGGGAGGGUUAAAGAGUAAAAUUGAAAUAGAAUUGAAGACGGCAGCCGAUGAGUUUAGGUUUUCCAGGAGAAAUGUAUAAAGCCUCUCAGGGAUGCUGGCCUUAUGUCUCCUGUCCACCACACAGGUAUUUUAGAAACAAGAGAUUCAGGAAACCUCUCCAAAAGGUUUCAGUCACCUCAUCCAGGUAUGAUUAUGGCUGGGGCUUCUCAGUACAAAUCAAGGGGAAUCUACCAGAGGAAUGGCCAGGGUUCACAGUCAACCCGGAGGUAGCUGAUAACAGGGGCCUUCCCAAGGGAACUGCUGCAGCAGGAGGCCCACCCAGAACAGGGCUGGGAUAGCAACGACCAUUUCCUCAACACCUAUGCAGCAGUUCUGUGAAUGCACUAUUUCAGUUACCCUUUCCAACAACACGCAAGGCCAGGAUCACUGAGCCACUUCACCACUGAGAGUCAGCAAUGGGCUGAGCUCACACUGCAUGCAACGGAGCAAGGCCUUAAUUUCAGGCCUUUAUGCCACUGCAGUCCUCAGUAUUUGCCAGCAUAUGCAGGCAGCCAAUCUGGCUUUCAGAGCCAAGCAUCUGGACGUUAAUAGAGGAUGUGAUCUAAAUUCUGGGGGGGACCUAGGAUCUUUUUUUUCAGGUGUACAUCAUUAUGUUUUCCUUCUGUAUAGACUACAUUGCAAUCCCCACCAAGAGUCUAACUGCCUCCCUCAGCAUGUAAAUGUGUCCCUUUACCCCUCU